AUGGCCGAAGCACGCAAGCUGCGCAUCGUCACGGCCGCGACCUUCGUGCCUGCCCUCCCCCUCUGCAUCGCAUCUGGCGUGCUCUCCAGCGAGCCGCUUCCCGCCGUCGGCUUGGUGCCACUAGCAUUCUCUGCAGCGGCAGGCGUUUUUCUCACCCUGCAAAAGCAGACACGACGAUCGCGCCACCGUCGACAUGGCUCCGACCGCGACGUCGAACGCGCCGCUUCUGUCUAUUCGUCAUCUUCGUCAGAAGCGGGUCACGAAUCGCUAGUUCCAGACCGCCAAGAAUUGGCGCGAGGGGCACAGGCACCCCCAGAGCCCGAGUACACGCUCCUCACGCACCCCAUCGUCGUCUUCCUCGCCGAUGCGGUUCUUGCCGCCGCCAUCAUGGCCGUCCUGGUCUGCACAUGGAUCAGCGUCCCGGAUUACAGCAGACAGCGGCCCCAGCUGGCCAUCCUCGGGACAUAUGCCACUUUUCCGCUGCUAACCAACUUCAUUAUCCAUUUGUAUCUGGCCCUGAGCGAGCUGGCCGCAGGACUAGCUCUGAAAGCUCUAGUGCAGCGUGCGGCAUGGCAGGCGGUGCCGCCGAAUUGUCCGCAUUGCGGCGAGCGUGUGCGGCCAGACCGGUUGCCAACAAUCCCUUGGGCUGAGUCUGUGUCGGCUCCGACGCUGCCACCCUUCCCGAACAUUAGCGUUCCGCGCCUGUCAAUCACCUCCGUCAAAUUGCCCGCCGGUCCUAGCUUCAACUUCAAGGGUCCGUCGGAGUGGACCAUGCCCGCGUGGUUGACCGGCCAGAAACAGGAUCAAGGCUACGCGCCCCUGCUGGUAAGCCAGGAUGCCGCCGAUCCCGAUGACGAUGUCGACCACGGUGCCUACAGAGCCAGUGCUACCAGCACCGCCGGCCCGUCGUACGGGGCGAUAGAUGCCGGGCCAGCAGAGUCCGCCUCUCCAGUUGUUGAGGCAGUCGUUGUUGGCAAAAACAAGAAGGGCAAGUCAACCUCGAGCCUUGCUCUCAUCGGAGACGAGUAG